AUUAUUAUUAUGAGUAAUUAUUAGAUAAUGAUCCCUCGUAUUUUUGAAAACAAACAAACUAAAGUUACUCUGUUUUUGUGACUUACACCUAUGCUACCAGCUUAACACAAAUCUUCAGAACGACACCCACAUGGAAGUUCGAAAUUUAUUUGAAGUGUAAAUUUGUAAGAAUAAGUUUUAAGGAAGGAAUUGUUACAGUAAACCCUAUUGAGGUCCUUGGCAAAGGGCUCAUCUUGAGAGUGGGAGAGAAGACUGCAAAAUACAGGAUUUGCCCCAAAACUGUCUUGAAGGACCCAGUAUGUAUGGAUGUUCGAGUGGAAGACGAGCACGAGGAUGGUUCCACCCCAACAUCAGCGGCGUGGACGCCGAGGUGCUGCUCAUGGAGCGCGGUCGGGACGGCUCCUUCCUGGCCAGGCCGAGCCGCUCCACGGCGGGGGACUUCACACUUUCCGUCAGGCGCAACGGCGUGGUGACGCACAUCAAGAUCCAGAACACGGGCGACUUCUACGACCUCUAUGGCGGCGAGAAGUUCGCCACGCUGUCCGAGCUGGUGCAGUUCCACAUGGAGACGACCCUGCGCGAGAAGAACGGCGACGUGAUCGAGCUCAAGUACCCCCUCAACUCGGCCGACCCUACGACGGAAAGGUGGUUCCACGGGCAUCUGUCGGGCAAGGAUGCGGAGAAGCUGAUCCUCGACAAGGGCAAGAACGGCAGCUUCUUGGUGCGGGAGAGCCAGAGUAAGCCGGGCGACUACGUGCUGUCCGUCCGCACGGACGACAAAGUGACGCACGUCAUGAUCCGCUGCCACGAAAAAUUCUACGACGUGGGGGGCGGGAUGAAGUUUGACAGCUUGAGCGAGCUCAUCGAGUACUACAAGAAGAACCCGAUGGUGGAGACCAGCGGCACCGUGGUGCACCUCAAGCAGCCGUUCAAUGCCACCAGGAUCAACGCCUCCGGCAUCGAUGGCAGAGUUAAGGAACUGCAGUCUACUGUUUUGCAGAAAGAAAACGGCCUCUCCAUGGGGAAAGCAGGCUUCUGGGAGGAGUUUGAGUCAUUACAACAACAAGAGUGUAAACAUCUAUUUUCACGCAAAGAAGGACAAAAAGCAGAAAACAGAAACAAGAACAGAUAUAAAAAUAUUCUACCUUUUGAUCAUACAAGAGUAAAACUAAAAAAUAUAGACCCCAAUGAACCUGGAGCUGAAUAUAUCAAUGCAAAUUAUAUAAAGCCUGAAGAAGAGUCAUUACCAAAUGGACCACCCAAGCAAUACAUUGCUACACAGGGGUGUCUACCAAGUACAAUGGGUGAUUUCUGGCACAUGGUUUGGCAAGAAAACACUCGAGUUAUUGUUAUGACAACAAAAGAAGUUGAAAGAGGAAAGAAUAAGUGUGCAAGAUAUUGGCCAGAAGAGGGGCAAUCAAAAGAGUACAAGAAGAUUAAAGUACGGAAUUUGUUAGAAGCUAAAUCAGCCGAUUAUACAUUACGUGAUUUUGCUGUAACACAUGAAGAUGGAGGAGACGAAAGAAAAGUCUAUCAUUAUCAUUUCCAGGCCUGGCCUGAUCAUGGUGUACCUGCUGAUCCAGGAUGUGUUCUCAACUUUCUUCUUGAUGUAAAUGCAAGGCAAGAGUCAAUAGUAGGUGCAGGACCUGUUCUUGUGCACUGUAGUGCAGGUAUUGGUCGAACUGGAACUUUCAUCGUCAUAGAUAUGAUCUUGGAUCAAAUUAAAAGAUUAGGAUUGGAUUGUGAAAUUGACAUCCAAAGGACAAUUCAGAUGGUACGAUCUCAGCGUUCAGGAAUGGUGCAAACUGAAGCCCAGUACAAAUUUGUGUACCUAGCAGUCCAGCAUCACAUUGAAACCGCAUCACACAGAAAACAAGCAGAACAGAAAUGCCUGCAGCUGGGCCGCGAGUACACGAACAUCCGCUACCCCAGCGAGGCGGUGGCGGGCGCGGCGGGCGCCCAGCAGCAGCAGCAGCCCAACUCUCUGUCGGUGUCGGAGUCGUCGCGGUCGCUGUCGCGCUCCACCACGUCCAUCCCGGGGUCGGUGGGGGCGGCGAGCGCGGGGGUGGGCUCGCUGCCCCCGGGGCUGGUGAGCGGCGGCGGCAGCGUUGGCGGCGGCAGCGUGGUGGGGGUGAACAGCGGCACCCUCCUGCGCAGCGUGUCGAGCUCGGGCGCGGACCGGUCCAAUGAGUCGCAUCUCCCCAGACCACCAGAUGAGAUUCCUAGGACCAUAUACGAGAACAUUCCAUUGAAGGAGCGCAAACUAUCGACGAAUAGUCACGUCUUAAACAUAGCACCUGUUACUACUGGUGGCAAUCCUCCUCCACCACCACCACGCAAGGCAACCUGACUUGCAAGUCACAACAAUGAAGCUGUGUCCAACCUGAAAGCCAGCUCCCGCACUUGCAUUAGCUCUCCAUCAAGCGCCUGUUCUUCCAAAUAUGAAAUUAAAAGUACAUAUGAAUACGCAUCCAUUUUGAGGCUUGGCAGGGAGUGUGAAGUGACUUUAUUUACUCGUUGUGCGGCCAAUUAAAUUGGUCAUUUUUUUCCGUUAAUUAGUGCCUACUACUUGUUCCUGCUGUGGAACACACGGGGUGGAUCGGCUCGGCCGCCCCGCGAUGAACUAGAAACUGGCUUGUGUAUAUGUAUAUAUCUGUGUGUAAAACACGAGUGAUAUCAGCUGUGAACCGCACUCUGCAUUGUGAUCAUAAUUGUUAAAGCUGUGUAUGCGUCUGUGUAAAUGAGAGAUUCCAGAGCAAAAAGUCAAAUUGUUGCAUGUAUGUAUGUGUGUGAAUGUGUCUGUUAAGGGGGGGAGGGGAAGGGGAGGGAGGGAGGUUUCUGCUUCUGUAUCUGCGUGCUAAAGAAAAUUUAAAUAUAUUAUCUGAUAAAGUCAUGCAGAACAUA